AAGAAGUGGCGUAAAUUUUUUGUAAUACUAUUACAAUGUGAACCAUAUUGUCCAUAAUUCUUAUUGUACUAAAAUUUUCGGUUUAUUAGCCGCGUAGAAAUUUUUUUUAUACGAUUAUCAAAUCACGUGAUGGGAUAAAUGAUUUUCUAAAUAUUUAAUCAAAACAUUAAGACAUUAUGUAAUGUUAUUAAUUUAACAAGAUCAUAAAUACGUCAUCUAAUUCCUAGCCACAUGGUAUGUUCUUUGUAGAUCUAAAAGAUUAUCAAAAAUUUCCGAAAAUCAAAACUUUCCAUAAGGUUAUUGGGUUAUCGAUUUAUUAUUCUAAAUCUUAAUAUAUUACAAGUUACUAGAAAAUGAUUAGGUCAAAUAAUUCUUCACAGUCAGGUUAUAUAAAACUUCAGCAAGAAUCAGACAACUACGAAGAAGAAGAAUAUAUUUCUUGGUCUGAUCACGAUCAUAACGGCAAAUAUAUAUUUAGUAAACCACGUUAUCAUCAAAACCGUUCUUUAUCUGAAACGCCUCAAGUAAAAUUUCAGAUCCAAACAAACAGAAUGGAAAUCGCUCCCCUUGAAAGUGAACAAAAUAAUACUAGAAAUAGUUACGACAAUAUUUCAAAUAAUAGUAAUACUACUCCACGUACUGAACGUAGUAGCGCUUGGUCGCAAAUUUCAAAAAAGUUGAAGUUGAAGGGUAAAGGAAAAGAUUUAGAUAAAGCAGAAUUGGAAAUUUAUGAAUCAGUUUUUAAGCCAAUAACAACUAUACAGGAUUGGAAGCCACGUAUACCCUUGUUGACGUCAAAUCAUAAAGAGCCUUUAACAAAACAAGAGUUCAAUGAAAUCGUAGAUUCUGUUAAUUCUGCUAUUGACGCAAAUAUCCAACCCACAAGAAUCCGUCAAGGCUCUUCCGGUUCUUACUUCUGUCGAAAUAAGGACGGAAAAGUUGUAGGUGUUUUUAAACCAAAGAAUGAAGAGCCAUAUGGACAGUUGAAUCCCAAAUGGACAAAAUGGAUUCAUAGAAAUUUAUUCCCUUGCUUUUUUGGAAGAAGCUGUUUAAUUCCAAAUCUUGGUUACAUUUCCGAAUCUGCGGCCUCCCUCUUAGAUAAACGGUUACUAUUAAAUAUUGUUCCAGUCACUGAAGUGACUAGGAUUUCUUCUCCAUCAUUUCACUAUGAUCGUGGUGAAGCUAGAUUAAAACCAUUACCUAAUAAAGAAGGCAGUUUUCAAGUAUUUUUGGAUGGUUUCAUAGAUGCUAACAUAUUUUUGAGAGAUCAUCCCUGGCCUGAAAAUUAUAAUACUACUACUGCUACAACAACAUCUGAAACUGAUGUGAUCGUGAAUGAAAGACAAAAUCGACGAUUAAAUGCACUUAUGUGUGGUCGGUCUGGUGUAGAUGAUGGAGGAGAAGCAUUAGAGUCAUAUCAAUUGGGGAAACGUUUUGUAUGGACACCAGAAUUACAAUUACAAUUUCGAGAACAAUUUGAAAAAUUAGUUAUUUUGGACUAUUUAAUGAGGAAUACUGACAGGGGAUCAGAUAAUUGGAUGAUUAAAUACUGUGAUAAGGAUGAACAAACUUGUAUCAGAGAUACUCCGCCCACAUCAAAGGUUAUGAAAGCUCCAGAUAUUUUAACAGCAUCUACUUAUUCCAAGAAUAAUGAGGAUAAUUUGAUUCCUGCUCAAGGAACAAAUGUUGAUGUACCACCACCACUAUCACCAGACGGCAGUGAGCCUUCAUCAUCAUUUUCAGAAUCACCUAUUCAAGAUAAAUCAGAUAAUUCACUUGAGCCUAUAUCAUCUGUUUCAUCCCCCCCUAUAAUACCAUCUUCACAAACCGAUAUAAAUUUUUCUCAACAAAUUCCAUAUCCACAUAUACAUGUUGCAGCCAUAGAUAAUGGUUUAGCAUUUCCUUUUAAACAUCCCGAUCAAUGGAGAUCUUAUCCAUAUGGAUGGCUUUAUCUUGCAGACUCCCUUAUUAAACAACCUUUUACUCAAAAUACUAGAAAUCGUUUUCUUUCUAUGCUUUCUGACCCUAAAUGGUGGAAAGAAACAGUUAAUGAGCUUCGCAACUUAUUUUCAUUGGAUGCUGAUUUUGAACCAGGUAUGUUUGAAAAACAAAUUGCAGUAUUAAAAGGCCAAGGAUUUAACAUAGUUGAGACACUUAAGCACCCUGAUCAGGGUCCAUAUGAGCUUUGUGCUAAAAAGAAUGCAAUGGUGUGGGAUGAUGUUAAACUUAUAGAGGUUUCGCCAGAAAUUGAUGUAAACAAUAGAAAUAUCAAUGGUGUUGAUAUAAAUACUGGUACAGUAAAUGAUGAGGGGGGCGAUACACCAAGAUCUGAUGAUUACUUUUCUACUACGUCAGUUCCAAGACGUAAUUCGUCUGUAGAUAAUUCUGAAAGAAUUUCCUUGUCAACUAGUGCGCCCACAGUAUCUUCAUUUCCUGCUGCUUCAUCUAGUAAGCAGAAAUGGAGUGAUAAACUUAAAGAAAAAUUUAAUUUUGACAGUAUAGGUAAAAAUAAAGAUAAGUAUCCUUUAGAAAAAAUGACUAAACAAGUUAUUAUUGAAAGGUUAGAAUACGUUAAGGGGGGAACACCAUUUUUCACAUGGUGUUAAAUAAUUAUUUAUUUUAAACUAUUUUACAAUUUGUUUAUUACAUUUAAUAGAAGCAUAUUGAAUUUUCAAGAGUAAAAAAUAUUUUUUGUAACUUAUUGUAUA